UGCAAACCGACUCCCAAGUCUGGAAGACGCGCACCGGAAAUACGUCACUUUAGUCGACGUUACCCCGGAAAGAAACAUUUUAUAAACUGCCUCACAGCAUAAUCUAUAAACGAGCUGUGAACUUCAAAAUUAACGUUCUUUACAGGGGAGUGCUAAUUGUUAGCACAUGGUGACCAGGUCCGAGCGAAAAAUACUGCGCUACCAGAGCAUUCUGUCAUACUAAGAACCGAGCGGCCAGUUGGAUAGAGAAGCUGUGAGCACUUCAUUCAAAAUGAAAACUGUUUUGAUGGUUGCAGAAAAACCGUCCUUGGCUCAGUCGAUUGCCAAAAUCCUCUCUAAAGGAAACUGUACAAGCCGCAAGGGACUCAAUGGAGCAUGCUCAGUGCUGGAAUACACCGGCAGCUUCCAGGGCCAAACUGUACGCUUCAAGAUGACGUCUGUGUGUGGACAUGUGAUGAGUCUGGAUUUCAUUGGGAAGUACAACAACUGGGAUAAGGUGGACCCUGCAGAACUAUUCAGCCAGGCUCCCACUGAAAAGAAGGAGGCCAACCCCAAACUCAACAUGGUCAAGUUCCUCCAGGUUGAAGCCAGAGGCUGUGACUAUGUGGUUUUAUGGUUGGACUGCGAUAAAGAAGGAGAGAACAUCUGUUUUGAGGUACUGGAUGCAAUCCAGCCAGUGAUGAACAAGGGGAGUGUCAGGGAGCAGACUGUUUUCCGAGCCAAGUUCAGCUCUAUUACUGACACUGACAUCUGGAACGCCAUGAACCUCCUGGGAGAGCCCAAUCGCAAUGAGGCCCUGUCAGUGGAUGCACGUCAGGAGCUGGAUCUGCGCAUUGGCUGUGCCUUCACCAGGUUCCAGACCAAGUACUUCCAGGGCAAGUAUGGCAAUCUAGACUCCUCCUUGAUCUCAUUCGGCCCAUGCCAGACCCCAACACUAGGCUUCUGCGUGGAACGACAUGACAAGAUCCAGUCCUUUAAACCAGAGACUUACUGGGUCAUCCAGGCGAAGGUCUUCAAAGGGAAGGACAGCCCACUGACACUGGAUUGGCACAGGGUGAGGGUCUUCGACAGGGAGGUCGGUCAGAUGUUCGUCAACCUGGCCAAGACAUCUAGGGAGGCCCAGGUGGAGUCAGUGAGUAAGAAAGAGAAGGCCAAGCAGAGACCCCAGGCCUUGAACACAGUGGAAAUGUUGAGAGUGGCCAGCUCUGCUUUAGGCAUAGGUCCCCAGCAUACCAUGCAGAUUGCAGAGCGCCUGUAUACACAGGGCUACAUCAGCUACCCACGUACUGAGACAACGCACUACCCAGAGAACUUCGACCUAAAGGGAGCGCUGAAGCAGCAGACCAACAACCAUAUCUGGGCAGAGGAGGUGAAGGCACUGCUUUCAAAUGGAUUAAAUCGACCCAGGAAAGGAACAGAUGCUGGAGACCAUCCACCAAUAACUCCAAUGCGUGCUGCCUCAGAAGCGGAACUGGGAAGUGAUGGCUGGCGGCUAUAUGAGUACAUCACACGCCAUUUCAUAGCCACUGUGAGCCAGGACUGCAUCUACCUGCAGACCACCAUAGACUUCAAGAUUGGAUCGGAGGCCUUCUCAUGUAGUGGCAAAACCCUGAUAUCAGCAGGUUACACAGCACUGAUGCCAUGGCAGGGCAUCCCACUGGAAGAGGCAAUGCCAGCUUGCGAGCGUGGAGACACUUACACAGUUGAUGAGAUCAAGCUGGUGGAAAAGCAGACCAGCCCUCCAGACUACCUGACUGAGGCUGAACUCAUCACCCUAAUGGAGAAACAUGGAAUUGGUACUGAUGCCAGCAUCCCUGUGCACAUUAACAACAUCUGCCAGAGGAACUAUGUGACAGUAGAAAAUGGGCGCAAGUUGAAGCCAACCAACCUGGGUAUUGUGCUGGUACAUGGCUACUACAAGACAGAUGCAGAGCUGGUCUUGCCCACCAUACGCAGCGCUGUUGAGAAGCAGCUGAACCUCAUCGCACUGGGUAAAGCCAACUUUCAGCAGGUCCUGCAGCACACGCUGGAUAUUUUUAAGAGGAAGUUUCACUACUUCGUGGAUUCCAUCCCCAGCAUGGAUGAGUUGAUGGAGGUCUCCUUUUCACCCAUUGCUGCCACUGGGAAGCCCCUGUCCCGCUGUGGCAAGUGCCACCGAUUCAUGAAGUACAUACAGGCCAAGCCCAGCAGGCUCCACUGCUCCCACUGUGAUGAGACCUAUAGUCUUCCCCAGAAUGGAGCCAUCAAGCUCUACAAGGAGCUCCGCUGUCCACUGGAUGACUUUGAGCUUGUGCUGUGGACGUCUGGGGCCCGGGGCAAGAGCUACCCCCUGUGCCCCUAUUGCUUCAGUAAUCCACCUUUCAGGGACAUGAAGAAAGGUAUGGGAUGCAAUGAAUGUACCCAUCCGUCUUGUCAGCACUCUCUGAACUCUUAUGGCAUUGGACAGUGUGUGGAGUGUGAGAGUGGGGUUUUGGUGCUGGAUCCCACCUCUGGGCCAAAAUGGAGGAUGGCCUGUAAUAAAUGCAAUGUGGUGGUGCACUUCUUUGAACAUGCACACAGAGUGCAGGUUGCUCAGGAGAGCUGUGAUGCCUGUGAUGCCUCUCUUGUCGCAGUGGACUUCAACAAGACUCGUACUCCACUUCCUGCCGGUGAGACCCAACACACUGGCUGUGUUUUCUGUGAUCCAGUCUUCCAGAAUCUGGUGGAGCUCAAACAUGCGACCAUGAGACACCAUAGGGGUGGGGGUGCCAGACGAGGAGGACGGGGACGAGGCAGGGGACGCCGGGGCAAUCCUAAAAAACCUAAAGACAAAAUGGCUGCCUUGGCAGCUUACUUUGUAUAGAAUCUGUGUUUGGUGUGCCCAGUUGUGCUGUAUACGUGAAAAUGUCAUUAAAGGGAUUUCUCAUUUUUA